UUCCACUGGCUCCAAUCUGAGCUGGGUGCUCGGGUUGCGCGAACGCUUCGGAGCCUCACCCGGAAGCUGUUGUCUUAAGAGAGCCGCGCGAAGAUGCGAACAUGAACCCUUUAACUAAGGUGAAGCUGAUCAACGAACUCAAUGAGCGAGAGGUUCAACUUGGGGUGGCAGAAAAGGUUUCUUGGCACUCGGAAUACAAAGACAGCGCCUGGAUCUUUCUUGGAGGGCUUCCUUAUGAACUGACAGAAGGAGACAUCAUCUGUGUGUUUUCACAAUAUGGGGAGAUUGUCAACAUUAAUCUUGUGAGAGACAAGAAGACUGGGAAAUCCAAAGGAUUCUGUUUCCUGUGCUAUGAAGAUCAGAGGAGCACAGUUCUGGCUGUUGACAAUUUCAAUGGAAUUAAGAUUAAAGGAAGAACUAUUCGUGUGGACCAUGUGGCAAACUACCGGGCUCCUGAGGAAUCAGAAGAUGUGGAUGAUGUGACUAGAGAGCUCCAGGAGAAGGGCUGUGGGGUGAAAACGCCCCCAUCAAGUCCUCCUGAAGUCUCUGAAGACGAAGAUGUCAAGCUCACCAAAAAGCACAAAAAAGACAAAAAAGAGAAAAAGAAAAAAAAGAAAGAAAAAGAGAAGACUGAACACCAGGUCCAGGCAGAGCUGCCAUCCCACUCCAGAAGCACGACAGGAAAGGAAAAGGAAAAGAAGCACAGCAGCAAGACCUCAGAGAGAGCACAGAAGCCUGAAGAUAGAGAGAGGAAGGAGAGUCACUCGGGUUCCCCUGAUGGCAAGAGUUCCUACCGCGGUAGAGAGAGGAAGGAGAGUCACUCGGGUUCCCCUGAUGGCAAGAGUUCCUACCGCAGUAGAGAGAGGAAAGAGAGUCACUCGGGUUCCCCUGAUGGCAAGAGUUCCUACCGCGGUAGAGAGAGGAAGGAGAGUCACUCGGGUUCCCCUGAUGGCAAGAGUUCCUACCGCAGUAGAGAGAGGAAGGAGAGUUACUCGGGUUCCCCUGAUGGCAAGAGUUCCUACCGCAGUAGAGAGAGGAAGGAGAGUCACUCGGGUUCCCCUGAUGGCAAGAGUUCCUACCGCAGUAGAGAGAGGAAGGAGAGUCACUCGGGUUCCCCUGAUGGCAAGAGUUCCUACCGCAGUAGAGAGAGGAAGGAGAGUCACUCGGGUUCCCCUGAUGGCAAGAGUUCCUACCGCGGUAGAGAGAGGAAGGAGAGUCACUCGGGUUCCCCUGAUGGCAAGAGUUCCUACCGCAGUAGAGAGAGGAAGGAGAGUCACUCGGGUUCCCCUGAUGGCAAGAGCUCCUACCGUGGGAGGGCAGAGGACCCUGAGUGGGAGGCAAAGAAAGAGAAACCCAAGCAUGAGCACAAGUCCUCAAGCAGGAGGGAGGGAGAAGAAAAGAGCAGAGACAAGGAUAGAGGGAGGAGCUCAGGCACUCAUUCCAGCAGGCACAGUGGCCAUUCUGAAGGGCGGAGUCAUAGAAGUAGGAGUAGGAGUCCAGAUAAGUCCCAUAGGCACAAAAAGCACAGGCACUCUCGGGAGCGGGAGUACUUCCAUGCCAGUGACCGUAGACAUUACUGAAGCCUGCUUCAGCUGCACGGUUCUUUGAAAAUGAGUUUCGUUGCAUAAUGUCAGUUUCUCUUUGUUGUUAUUUCUAUAUAUAAAGAUUUGGGGGCUGAAUACUUUCAAUCCCUUACCUGACAGUUAUUGAAAAGGCUAUAGUUUCAAAAACCUGACAAACAUGAUCCAUUGUCACUGGGAAGAUACUUAGUACUGACCAAAGUGUGUACCUAAAAUUUGGUUUAUAAAUUUGGCCUUUAAACUCAUAAACCUCUGAUUUAAAAUGAGAUUGCCAGGGAAGUCAAAACACAAGGCAAUGCUGGAGUUCUAUUCUUCAUGUUAGAUAUUUAGAGCCCAGCACUGUAGGAACCUAUCAGAUUGGCAGGUACAACUGUAAAGAGGUGUAGCUCGUGAGAUUUGAAGAGCUUGCUAAGGAUGUGAUAGGAUUCUUAAGGCCAGCCAGUACCUUCCUCUUUACAUUCCUUUUCUGUUUGUCUUGCCCUGCCAGGGAUGGAACCCAGGCCUUUGCACAUGCCAAGCGCUGUGCUAUUCAGCUCUAGCCCAGUUCCCUUUAUUUUGUUUUUAGUUUUUGAUGGUUACAUACAUGUCUAUGUAUUUUUACUUUGUAACUUAUUUAUUUGUAUUGAGAUGAAAUUCAUAUAAAAUAAAGUUAACCAUUCUAAACAGUU